UUACAGGUUGAGAAUCCUCAGACGCUGUGGUCAACACUUGAAACGGUUAAUUCGACAAAAAAUUAAUACUGAUGAAACUGUUAUUGAAACUACUGAUCAGAUCGGUCAUAAUGAUUGUACAAUGUCAACGAAUUCUUGUCGAACUAUCACUAGACUAAAUGAUCCCUCUUCAAUAUGCUUGCAUCCAUGUAAUAAGAAAAAUUGUAUUCGUAUGAAAAUUUUAAAAGAUUUACAAAAUCAACAAAAUAAAUUAUCUCAAGAAAUCAGUCAAUUAAAACAACAAUUUUUGGAAAUUCAAAGUGUUUUAGUAUCUAUUCAAAACAUUCUCAUUAAUCGAAUUCGUCUACAGUCUUCAUGUACAACAACAACUACUACAACUACAACAUCUUCUACGUUCUCACAUCCUCUAAAUUCAUCCAUUUAUUUGCAUAACAAUAAAAAUAACAUGUCUAUAUUUUCACCGAUUAUUCCUAUGUUAAAUAACGAAUUCUCUACUAUUGAUAUUGGUGCAGUUAAUUUUCCUUUGAACAAUGAACUUAUACAUAAUCCAUUAUCUACACCAGACAAUUUUAAUUAUGUGACUAACACCAGUUCUUCAUCACACUGUGUAUCAACAACAAUGACAACGAUUCAAUCAAAUGUAAUCUGUAAUUCUUCUGCUCUGUCUAAUUCUUUUAUGCCCUUAACAAUUUUAACAAAUUCUUCAUCAUCAUUACAAAACCUACCAAUUUUACCUUCAAGUAUUUCAUCUUCACCGUCAGUGUUAUCUGUGCUUCAUGGUUCAACUCCUUCGUGUAUUCCAUUCCCUAUGACUUCGAAGAUUCCAUUGGAUAAUACUAUUAAUUCAAUUGUAAGUCAUUUACAAACUAAUCAAACUUCAACUGAUGCAACGUCAAUGAAUCAAAUGCAUUACGUACCUUUGAAUCAACAAAUCAGCAUGCCAUCAUCGUUUACUACUAAUUCUACUAUGACAACACAAACUAGCGCAACUGUAUCUUAUCCUUCCAUUUUGUUUAUAAAUCCAUUAAGUUCUAGUUAUCCAAUAAAUACAACAAACCUGUCAACAAAUUUGACCAAUACUACCUCAACAGAUUCAACUAUAUCUUCCUCUACUGUCCAAUUGUCUCAUAAUGAUGAAUUAUCUAAAUCGGAAGAGGCGACUAAAGAUUCUCCUGAUAAUAAUGAAUGCAUUUCAUUAAAUGUUUCCGGAACAACUGCCAAUUGUAUGGAUGAGAAUAUCGAUCCAUUAGACAGUCCUACAUCUAUUGAUUCAUCGCAAAAAUCUAUGAAAGAUCGAGUUGAGCCAUUGGAUACUUUUGAAAUAGCUGCUACAGUUAGAGAUCUUCUUACAAAGCAUAAUAUUUCACAACGUCAAUUCUCUAGACAUAUACUUAAAUUAAGUCAAGGUACAAUGAGUGAAUUGCUGUCUAAACCGAGACCAUGGUAUAGAUUGACAGCACGUGGUCGAGAUUCUUAUAGACGAUUGCAAGCAUGGAUAUCAGAUCCAAAUAAUGUGAAUAGUUUAAAAAAUGCUCAACGCAAACGAACCGUAGAGACUACUCAAUCUGCAUGCGAAAUCAAUAGCUUAAAUAACCAUCAAUCUCUAUCAGUUCCUAACUCGGAUCCUGUAGAAUUAUCAGCAACUUGUCAAAAAGAUGUUUCCCUAACAAAAUCUACAUCAAUUUCUCCAUUCGUCUAUCGUAAUGAUCUUGAGCCGCUAAGUGUUUUAACUAGUCGACCUGAGAAGACGGAAUCUAUGUAUGACCUAGAAACUCAAAAGUCUUGUGAUUCUCGUCACUAUCAACAACAAACUGCUAAAGAAACAAAUCACUAUCAUCGCUCUUUAAUGAAAUCCUCUGAAACAAGUCAAUCAGAUGAAAAUAUGUCAUCUAAAGAAGAACAAGAAACUGAAAGACGUAUUAAUCAAAUUUUAUUAGCUGCCAAAGCGGCAAUGGAUUAUGAGAAACAAUUUAAAACCAAUGGAUUAACUGAAAAAAUUAUCCAUGAUCCAAUUGAAAAUACAUUAAUAAAACAGCAUCAAUCUCCAUUAUCCGAUUGUCAAACUGGAAUUUAUAAUGAUAGCAGUCCAUCAGUAUCCGGUAAUAAAUGUUUUGGAGCUAGUGAUUCACAAUCCACUACUACCACUACUACUACUACUACUACUACCACUGUUACCACUUCUGAAAGUAUGAUCAACUCUUCUGAAUCAACUAUGGGCACUUCAUUGACCAAUGAAAACAAUAAUAGUGUUAUAUAUAUUUCUUCAUCUCAUCUAUCACCAUAUCCUAAUAAUUUAUUAAGACAUGAUACAAAUGUUAGUUCUACAGUGUUAAAUUAUAGUAAUUCUUUUGAUAAUAUCAAUAAUUCAUCAUGCAAUCCAACUGCAUGUUAUAAUAACUGUCAAACUAUCGAUGAAAAAUCAAUUUAUCCAUCUGUAAAUGAAAUUAAAACAUGUUCAAAAUUGCCAUCUAGUCAGUUGUUAACUUCAAUGUCACCAGUCUGCCCAAGUACUACUGUAGUUCAUGUUACACAUCAAUCUAUGCCAAUUAUGUCGAAUGGAAUUACAGUUUCAGAUCUUUUAAAAUUAUUUUCUACUCAAUUAACGAAUAGUUCAAUUAAUUCAAACAAACCAGUUAUAUUCGAUUCAACGCUUGAUGAUAAUAACAAUAAUAAUUCUCCGUUUCUUUCAAAAAUUCAAUCCACCACCAUUACCACAUUACCUUGUAGCCUAACUACUUCAACAAAUCUAAAUAAUAAUAGUCAAAAUUUUAUAUUCAAUGGUAAUCUUCCAUUAUUGACCAAUUCAUCAUCCAUCUCUUCACCUUAUUCCAUGAAUAAUACUAUUAUUAAACCAAAUGAUUGUACACCACCGAUCUAUGCACCACCACAAACAAUAACAACAACACCAACAUCAACCAUAACUAAUGAAUUUCCAAUGCCUAUUUUAUCUCCAUCAAUAAUUAAAUUGAAUAAUCAUUUACCAAUUCCACCUUUAGGCAUGCCACCUGUAUCAUCAACAUCAUUAUUCUCACAGACUUUGUCAUUUCCUACUUCUACUUCUACUUCUUCUGCUUCUUCUACUUGUCUGUCAUCACCAAUGUCAUUACAACAAACUUUAAUGCUUUUAGCUUCAGCUGCAACAGCUAGUGUCCAGUUGAAAACUUCUUCAUCGACAUUAGAGAAUUCAGAGCAUAUUAAUGUUAAUCAAUGGAAUCAGGUGGAUUUGAGUACCACAACUAUUACUACUCCUGUCACUACUACCAAUACUACUACUUCUACUACUGCUAUACCACCAUCAUUAACUAAUAUUGAUUCACUUCAUCAUCAUAAUUCCCAUGAUAUAAUUGAUGAUCAUUCAUCCGAUAUGAAUAAUACAUUGUUUCCAUUUCAAAGAAUAGUACUACCUCCUUUGAAACAAGAAGAUAUUGAUAAGUAUAGUGAAUUAUCUACUGAAGAGAUAACUCAUCGUACACGUUCAAUUCUUUCUCAGUAUUCUAUUAGUCAAAGACUUUUUGGUGCACAUAUACUUGGUUUAUCUCAGGGAAGUGUUUCUGAUUUAUUGACCCGACCAAAACCAUGGAAAUUACUUACACAAAAAGGUCGUGAACCGUUUAUAAGAAUGCAGUUAUUUUUAAAUAAUCCUGAUCAUGUAAUAAAAUUGUUACAAUCAUGUUCAUCUCAUAGUGAAACUAUUCAUUCUAACCACCAGCCUGAUAUAAAUAUUAAUUCAAAUGUAUUUAUGCAACAACCGUGUAUUGAUCAGACAACACUCACUGCGACGACAACAUCACCACCACUAUCAACAACAACAACGACAUACGGGAAUCCACUUUCAAUUUUGAAUCCUUCAAUCUAUGAUUCACAAAUGAUGUAUUCUGGACAAACUAUUGAUUGUUCAUUAUUUGAACCGAUCACAAGUCCAUCAGGUUCACCUACACCAAAUUCUAUACAAAAUGAAUAUUCAUGUGAAAAUGACAAUAUAUUACCAUUAAAUAAUAAUAAUAGCAAUAAUAAUAAUAACAAUAAUAAUAGUAAUCAAAGUUCUAGCGUUUAUCAAAGACCUUCAUCAAAGAAAGUUAUGGAAUUGGCAACAUCUAUAACCGAUCUGGAUACAACAUCAAUGUGUGGCAAAAUAAAAGAGCUUUUACAACGUCAUUCAAUACCACAACGAUUAUUUGGUGAUGUUGUAUUAGGAAUGUGUCAAGCAUCUGUUAGUGAUAUUUUAUCUAAAACACGUCCUUGGUCACAUUUAUCAAAUAAAGCUAGAAUACCCUAUGUACGUUUACAUUUAUGGUUACAAGAACCGGAUCAUUUGGAAAUGUUGAAAGCUGCUCAGGCAAAUAUCAAAGGUUUUACACGUCCGAACAAUAAUGCAAAAAUAAUUCAAGGUCAUGAGACGCCAACUAUACAACAACAACAACAUCAACCAGCAUCUGAGUUAUCCAGUGACUAUUUGUUAUCGAUUAAAUCAGAAUCAUCAGAUGUAAUGAUUGCUUCAGAUUUAAAAAAUAAACUACAUUCAUCAACAGUAUCUCGUAAACGUGCACCUUCAUUAUCAUUAUCAUCGUCAUCAUCAUCAUCAACAACAUUAUUAUGCAAUCAAGAGAAUGUAAUCAAUUCAUUGAAUACAUCUCAUAAAAAUGGUAAAUUAUUAAAAAUUGAUUCAUCACAAAUUACAUUAUCACCUAAUAAUGAUAAUAAUAAUAAUAAUAAAAUAAAAAAUACCACAAUUAAUAAUAAUAAUAAUAAUUCAUCACAAAUUGCACCAAUUGAUCAAUUAAAUGAAUAUGAACGUCAAAGUUUAUUUGAUAUAGCUAAAGCAGCAACAACUGUGAUGCUAUUAGCAUCGAAUUCCAAUUCAUGUCGACAAAAUAAAGUGAAAGUCAAAUUGCCUGUAUCAUCUAUAUGUAAUACAAAACAAUCAUCUAAAUUAUUAACAAAUUCAAAGAGAAAAUCAAUCCAUAUUAAUAAUAAUAAUAAUAAUAAUAAUAAUAAUAAUAAUAAUCUAUCGAAAUGUAAAUCAUAUCAAUAUGUUAAUUAUAGUACCAGUGGUCGUAGUCUUCGUCGACGUCAUUGUAAUAUUAGUCCAUCACAACAAGAAGUAUUAAUAUCAGCUUGUAAUAAGCAUCAAUUACCUUUGUCAACAGAAAUUAUGAAAUCUCUUGCACAAGAAUUAUGUCUUCCAUAUAAAGCGAUUUUAAGUUGGGUUCAUAAUUAUCGAACAACUAUGCAACAGGAUAAUCAGUCUAAAAUUGGAAUAAUCUCAGAUACUACAGAUACUGAAGGUGAUGUUUCUGUUGAAGAACCAAUCGAUAAAUCACACGAUGACAAUUUUCCUCUUGAAGAACAGCAUACAUCAUUAACAACAGCAUCAACAACAAUGUCAACAACCACCAUUAAAGAUCAUUUAACACCACCUUCAUCAUCAUCAUCAUCAUUAUCGUCAUCAGAUCGAAAUGUAGAUAAACAACAACUAUCACAUAAUCGACGUAAACCAAUUAAUCCUACUAGAUUAGCAUGUGCAGUGGCUGUUGUCAAUUCUCCUAAUAAGUCAAUUCAUCCUGUCACAUUGUCUAAUGCUAAUGAACAUGAAAAUUCUAUUGUUCCAGUAACUUGA